AAAUAACCGCCGCCAAUAGGAAAGGGUGCCCUCGCCCCCAAGUUUUCUUCUGUAUCCUUUCCCAUAAAACCGCAGAUAAAAUUCCGAAAUCCCUACCAGAAAAGGGGAGUGGAAUCAAAAUCAAGCAGAACCAAUUCUCCAAUAUACAAUGAGAAACAAUUCGGGAGAGACAAAAAUCGUGCAAGAGUUGAUUCUGUACGCGGCGAGCGCCGCUCUCAGUUGUCUGGUGCUGUUCGUGGGGCUGAAGCAAUUGGACCCCAAUCGCGAAGCCUCCAAAAAGGCCCUAGAACAGAAGAAGGAGAUCGCCAAGCGCUUAGGCCGUCCUCUUAUUCAAACCAAUUCGUAUGAGGAUAUUGUAGCUUGUGAUGUAGUCAACCCAGAGCACAUAGAUGUCAAAUUUGACAGCAUUGGAGGAUUGGAUGCCAUUAAACAAGCAUUAUUUGAAUUAGUUAUUCUUCCGCUGCGAAGACCUGAACUAUUUUCUCAUGGGAAGCUUCUUGGUCCACAAAAAGGAGUUCUGCUGUAUGGACCACCCGGUACUGGGAAGACAAUGCUUGCUAAAGCAAUUGCGAAAGAGUCUGGAGCUGUCUUCAUUAAUGUCAGAAUAGGCAAUCUAAUGAGCAAAUGGUUUGGUGAUGCACAAAAACUAGUGACUGCUGUGUUCACCUUGGCCUACAAACUUCAGCCCGCAAUCAUUUUUAUUGAUGAAGUGGACAGUUUUCUUGGUCAACGCAAAUCUUCAGACCAUGAAGCACUAACAAACAUGAAAACUGAAUUCAUGGCUUUGUGGGAUGGUUUCACCACAGACCAAAAUGCUCGUGUUAUGGUACUAGCUGCAACCAAUCGUCCAUCAGAACUUGAUGAAGCGAUUCUUAGACGCCUUCCGCAGGCAUUUGAAAUUGGGAUGCCUGAUCGUAAGGAUAGGGUUGCUAUACUGAAGGUGAUAUUGAAGGAUGAGACGGUUGAAGAUGACAUUAAUUAUGAUCGCAUAGCUGGACUAUGUGAAGGUUAUACUGGUUCAGAUCUUCUUGAGCUCUGUAAAAAAGCUGCAUAUUUUCCAAUACGGGAAUUGCUUGAUGAUGAGAAAUCCGGAAAACCGUCAAAGGAGCCUAGACCACUAGCACAGUCAGAUUUGGAGAGAGUCAUUUCUACAACCACCAAGACAAACGUUGCUGCAGUAGAAUUCGGCAGAUUUAGCUCACAAUCAUCAGGAUUGUAUCAGCAAAGAGAUCCAGAUGAUUAUCAGGUCCAGGCGGCAAUUGGCGAGCUAUCGAGGCUUGUAGUUUCACAAAUUCUGAACCUUCAGACAGGCGGCCAAGAUCCAUGAUUUUGAUUAUCCCUGGCAUGACUCUUGUAGGCUGGAUCGCUCGUUUAUCAUAUAGUAUAAUACUGGGUUAGAAGUAUUGUUAUAGAAUUGAUGAUAUUUUUGAGUUACAGUUGAUCCCAUCCAUCAUCUUGGAAAAUUGUUUGAGUACGUCCAGUUUUGGUGGUGCCUGUUAAUAGUCCAGAAUCUCAAUGUAAUCGUGCUGAUGCUCCUGCCUUUGUAAUUGCACCGACAUCCCCUUUUCUUGGGUACUCGUAGCUUUGUUGUUAGA